AUGCCUAUUCCCGUCAGAACACCAGUCCGAUCUCCCUCGAAGGCAGAUAAAGCCAGAGAGGGUCAAUCCCUACAGCAAACUAGUCGUGGUCAAACGAGGUCCCUGACGAGGCUGACGAACAAUGUCUCAAAGGCACCGUCACAGUUGAAAACAGAUGUGGACUCUGCCACAACGAUCACCAGCAGUGCGACACGACAAGCCCGGGAAAUCCGUCCUGGCAUUUCCCGGAGUGUCCCAGUUGCUACACCGGCAGCCGGGCAUGGGCGAAGCCUGUCGGCCGUGAGUGCGAGGAACGCUUCUGCCAAAGAUGAUACCUCAGACAGGUCACGAGCUUCGUCGCAGAAGGCAGACACUACUGCGCCGGGCAAGUCGGUACAUGGUCGAAAUGUGAGCGUUGCCACAACCAGGCCAGGCACGACGCACAGUCGGACCAUAAGUGCCUCUACAAGCGCAGAUACGGGCACCCGGAAUCUGCAUGGAGCAAUUCCGAAGCGGUCGGGAUUGACUGACAAGCCGACUUUGAAGAAACCCGACUUCAACAACUACAAGCAGCAUUACAGCCCUAAGAAGACAACUCAGGUUUCCGCAGCUGCGUCCGCACCUGUUCGAUUGGGAGGCGGAGGAGCAAGUGUCGGUGAAACCUCUACUGAGACUCGUCGUUUGCAAGACGAGCUAUUGCAACUGGCAGUGCUGUAUGAGAAGUCGCAGAGUACGCUCCAAUCAUACGAAAGCAGCAUCAAGACGCGCCUCGCAGCGUGUUCGGAUGGCCUCAAACAACAAAUCCAAUCCCUCGAGUCUGUGGAAAGAGGACAGCUAACUAAAGUCAACGCGGAUGCGGCGAAGACCUGGACUGAAGCUGGCUCAGCAGUAUCUGCGGGAUCGAACAGGUCGCUUAUUCUGGCACACUCAGUGAGAGUUUUGAAUGAGAUUACCGCACGGGGCGGACCUUUGGACAUUGUUAUGUCGCAGUUCGAUGAGUGGCAGGUAUCCGCAGUUUCAAAAACUUCGAAUCGCGCGAACCGCGAUGCUCGAGAUUCAACGGCACCAGGUCUACUUGCUCCGCUAGAUCCGCAAUGGUCAGCCUUGGUAGACAGCGUGCAGAAUAGAGUCAGAACUUGCUCGGAGUCAUUGGCGGAUCUGCAAGGGCCAUCCGACUCUUCGUCAAUUGGCCUGUUGCUCAAAAUGCUCUCUAGGCUUGCCGAGGAAAUACUGCGGGAGAUCGCGAUUUGCAGGGACGUGGAAGCCUUUAUUCUUCAACGAGAGCAGGAGUGGAUGGAAGCUGCAAUCAGCCGGGCUCUAUUCGAAGCGGGUAGUCACAGCCCAGGACAGCUUGGACAGCUUGGACAGUCUGGACACCACCAUGUGAGGAAGGGCAUAUGGGACACUCAUGGGACCUGA